ACACAGUCACAUUGUCACAACAUUAGACAGGUCUACAGAAAGUAUUUUAGGUGAGGAGCUAGUGACUCUUCAAAGCAAAGAAAACAUACAUAAUACAUUACUAAAAGAAUUACAUACUACAUCAAGAAAUCGAAAAUUCCAAACUUCUGGAAAACCUUGGCUGGAAAAAAUAUGACUUUCCCCUGAUGGCAUCUGGCCAGAUUCUAAGACCUUUGACCUCCUUGUUUACGCACCCACCCAUGUGCUGUCAACCUAAUCUGGACACUCAGACAAACUCAGAGACUCAACAACCCAAAACAAUACUUCUGUACCCAGGAGUAAUUUGGUUAAGUACUCAUUAGGCUAAGGCCAACCCAUAAAAUUGGCAUGGUAAAAAAGUCAUUAAUCGGUUUUUAUAGUCAUAGUCAUUUGCUGAAGCAACAGACUUUCGUAGUAAAUUUGCUUACUUCUGACACAAGCCCUUAACUAAGAGCAAAAAUGUCAACUGCUUGCCAUAACAAAUCCAGAGUUCAUUCAACAAACAUUCACGUAACAAACAUCAAGACAAAAGCCAUCACUAGAAAGUACUCAGUACUUGUCUGACAAAGCUCAAAUUUAUCAAAACAUUGCAAACGGUUUUGUGCUCAAAGUUUGGCAACAGAAUCAUUGUUAUGUUUAACUAUUAUUAUUAAUGGUAGCUUUUACAAUCUACCUGAUUAAAAUAUCUUUGUAGAAGUAAACUGGGCCUUGUGUAAAUAACCAACAGCCAUCAAAACUACUUACAUGUAUUAGUACUCUAUACAUCCUUGUGAUCCACCACUACACAGUAAUGUGGAGUGGUACUUCGCUGAUGUAUACAUACAUGUAUUACAUAAACACCCUAUGAGAAUUUCACAGACUAUUUCUGACAAGCAACACUAUGGGAUGGUUGGUGCUUCUGGCUGUCCUAACCCUGCUGCAACAAGGAGGGACAGCAACUGUCAAAAACCUCCCUGAGCUGAUCCAUGAUUAUGAGGGUACAGCAGCAACACACAAUGAAGUCACUGGACAGUGCGCAAUGUGCUGUCCUUCUGAGCCCAGUGCAGCGCUGGACCACCUCCUGCUGUACCUGAGCACACAGGAAAGCCUGGAGGGACAGCUGGAACAGCUUAAGAACAAGACUGACAGCCUGGAUGGACAGCUGCAGCAGCUAGCUCAACAGGAGCAGGCUGAAUUUCAGGCUGAGAGUGAUCUGAAGGCCACAGUGGAGGCUCUUCAGGCCACAGUCAGCAGUCAGGACAGCAUCAUCCAGCAGCAGGCUGCAGCCUUACAGCAGCUGCAGGUAACUCUGCAGCAACAGGCCACGACUAUCCAGCAACAGGAGAUAACACUACAGCAGUGUACUACAAGCCUGCAGCAACUGGAAGACAAGGUGACUGGACCUCAUAACUGCUGGGAACUUCUGAACAACGGACACGACACGAGUGGGGUUUACACCAUCUACCCCACUGGAGGGGGCAUCAGUCCUAUACAUGUCUACUGUGACAUGGACACUGAUGGGGGAGGAUGGACGGUUUUCCAAAGGCGUCAGGAUGGUUCAGUGGAUUUCUACCUGGACUGGCAGGCCUACAAGACAGGGUUUGGGGACCUCAGAGGGGAAUUCUGGCUGGGUAAUGACAAUAUCCACCACCUGACUGCACAGGGAGGAUAUGAAUUAAGGGUCGAUAUGGACGACUUUGAGGGAAACUCAGCCUUCGCCAAGUACAGCACCUUCAGGGUGGAGGAUGAAGGGCACAUGUACAGACUGACUGUAGAGGGAUUUUCAGGAACUGCAGGAGAUGCUUUGACAGUUCGUCACUCAUCAACGUUCUUCUCAACUAAGGACAGAGAUAAUGACAGCGUUGGCUCCAGCUGUGCUCGGACCUACCACGGUGCCUGGUGGUAUAGCGACUGUCAUAACUCCAACCUGAAUGGCCUGUACCAAGCCGGGGCUCAUCAGGACCACGGAGAUGGAAUUAACUGGCAACCAUGGAAGGGGUGGUACUAUUCUCUCAAACGCACUGAGAUGAAAAUCAGGCCUCGAGUCUAGAUUCACUCAGGCUGGAUGUUGAUUGCUUUUGACAGAAGUGUCUCUUAACCUUUACUUUUUGCUUGAGCAAACAUUUGCCUACCAAUCCUAUAUUUGUAAUGGGGAUAGGCAGAUUUAAGACUGUCAUCUACAUUAUAAUUGAAGAAAUUUGUGAGACUCAGUAAAAAAUUUGGGAAAUGGGUACCUGUGUAUCUACUGUAUACCAAUAUACAACAUUAGCAGGUGAAAAGAUCAACAGCAAGUACUGAAUAAUUAGGCCUGAUUCCUGGAAUGUUUAAAAUAACAAGGACCUCAUAUAAUUGGCCUAUCCUGACCAAUCAGGAUUCAUGAAUGGUGGACCUGGAUAUUCCUGACCAAUCAUGAUUCAUGAAUGACGUACCUGAAUGAUUUUUGACCAAUCAACACUCAUUGAUAAUUCCUUAUUGGCUUGUAAAGACAGCUGCAUUUCAGCUAGAUACUUUAGACCUCUUGGGAAUUUGACAAAAACUACACAUAAUCUUUUGGUAAUUUUUGUUGUUAAAUU